AUGUGUUCUCCAAGUAUUCAAAAGGAUAUUGUUGAUUCUUGUGCUAAAGAAACAAUCAAAGCCAUCAUUGAAGACUUGGAUGAGGAUUAUUUCGGGAUACUAGUUGAUGAAUUAAAGGAUAUAUCACACAAGGAGCAAAUGGCAAUUGUUCUGAGAUAUGUUAACAAAGAAGGCGAAGUAGUAGAGCGAUUUGUCGGUAUUAUUCAUGUUAGUGAUACAUCUGCUCGUUCAUUAAAGGAGUUAACACUUGUAGCUCUUGCAAAGAAGAAUUCGAAUAGAGUUGCUUCGAGAACAUCAAGCUCAAAAGUUAGAGGAGCUUUCAUAUUAGGUGAAGUGACAUCAAGCGAGGGAUUAAAUCAAGAACGUGGACUUCAACGACCGUGUGAUACUCGUUGGGGUUCUCAUUAUAGAACAUUAGAUAAUCUUAUUGUCCUAUUUCCAUCAAUCAUUCACGUGCUUGAAUUUACUGGACGUGAGUGUCCUAAUUAUACUGACAGACUUGUUGCUAAAAGUCUUGUGAGUACGAUUAAGGAAUUUGAUUUUGCUUUUAUGUUGCACUUGAUGUGGAAAGUUCUAAUGAUGUCAAAUGAGUUGAGCUCCUCAUUACAAAGGAUGGAUCAAGAUAUUGUCAAUGCUAUGGGACUUCUCGCUCUUACAAAGCAAAGAUUACAAAAAAUGAGGGAUAGUGAAUUCGAAUUAUUAAUGGAUGAUGUCUCUUCUUUUGUGAUAAAUAUGAAAUAA